AUGAAGACGAAGCAUUCUCCGGAGAAAGAUGAUCCGAUCAACGGCUUCUGCAAGGCAACGUCCGAGUCUCGAGAAACAGCACUCUUUUUCCUCGAAGGCUUCAGCUGGGAUCUCGAUAACGCCGUCUCUGGUUUCCUCCAAGGUCUCCUGCCUCCCGUCCAAAAACCACCGUUGCAGCGAUCUAGAUCUCGAUCUCCUUCGAGGCGGAUAUACUCUCCUGCAUCUGCCUUGAAAUUAAAUUUGGAAGAUAGUAGAGAGCCUAUUAGACUUGCCAAGGAUGCAACCCAUCAUGAUGGUAAAAUAUUGGUGUCUACAGCUGAUGCUUUGAAUUAUGUGUUUCAAGAUAAAGAAGAAGAGGGAUCAGCCCACAGAUGA